AUGGCGACCAACGAAUCAAGCUACACAGAGAUGAAGGGUGAUUUAGAAGCUAUUGGGGCGCAUUGCCAGAUGGAGUACUGCAAUGUACUUGACUUCCUACCGUUCCGAUGCGAGAGUUGUCAUGGGAAAUUCUGCCUCGACCACCGCACCGAAUACGCGCACAAGUGUCCUAAAGAAGGCGAAUGGGCGAGACAAAAAGCCAAGAAUAAUCAAGCCUCGUCACUAUCCACUCCCAAACCGACCGUCUUCAACCACGACCAACAGUGCGCUGAUCCGUCGUGUAAGACGUUGAUUGAUACCGCCCGCGCGCAAGGCGUACACUGUACACGAUGUAAUCGCAGAUACUGUCUCAAGCAUCGCUUCGAAGAGGACCACGACUGCAAGAACCUCACACCCAUCGGUGCGCGACCGCAAAACUAUGUACAAGCGCGCACGCAAACAGCGCUCACAAGACUGAAAGCGUGGGCUGAACAGAAGAAGAAAGAUGACGAGAAGCGGAGAUCUGCUCCUAAGAAGACGGGCUUCCUGGGGAUGGGAAGGAGUUCAGCGUCGUCGGCGGCAGCUUCAGCACAAGUCGAGCUCAACGCGCUCAAGCGUACAGCGAAGGGCGAGGCCAGCGUACCCCAGGAGAAGCGGAUAUACCUCCACGUCGAAGCGUCCGCCGAUACAACAAAGGCGAAAUAUCCAACGGGAAAGUUCUUCUACAACAAGGAGUGGACUGUGGGACGCGUGCUGGAUAUGGCGGCCAAGUCAUUGCAGGUUCAAAAUGUGAACAACCGUGGCGGCGGUGAGGAGGAGAAGUUACGCGUUUUCCACGUGGAAGGCGGACGGCUGUUGAAGUUUAGCGAAAAGAUUGGCGAGCCGUGCAAGAGUGGGAAUAUGAUUGUCCUUCUGCGCGGCGUAGGAUCAGGAGAGGCGCCAGAUUUGAUCGAUUUGUAG